AUGCCGUCCGCUGUCGCUCUCCACCCUCUCGACCGAACCGACUGGACAAACUGGAUGAACCCUAGACAGUGCAAUGGACGGUGUGGCCCUGCAACUGCCCUCCUAAACGACCCAAGAAACAUGCAUACCUCCCGCACAGCCCUGAAAAUUGAUACCGACCGUCGCUUCUCUCAACACUCCGCUCUCGACUCGUCCUACGACGGGCCCAGUCCAGCCAAGCUCCGCCGACGAGCAUCUCAAGGAUCCCUGCGCACAAAGCCUUCCCCCGUCUCCCGAUUUCUAUCCAAGAGCAGCGUGGCCGUCAACUUUCCCUCCUGGGACCAACGUAGCUCCUCGUCCGGCUCGCCGUCGCGAAACCGAUCGGCCGAUUCCCGAUUGCGCUUGUCCAACACUGUGUCUCGCGGGCCGAGACCGUUGACGGCUCACUCCCACUCUCCGUCCACCUCUUCUUCGCCGUGGAACUCGCCUCCAUCUUCGUUCCAGUCGGAUUAUCCGUCUGCACUGCCGCCCACUCCGCCGGAGGACGAUAGCCACGUUGCGUGGAACCCCAAGUCGGAAAUGUUGCUGUUUGAUGAUCAUCCACAACGGGAGCCAGGUUCCUCGACCAUGAUGGAUGAGGGUCGCGGGAUGGAUACUUCGUCAACUGGUCGUUCUGAUACUUUGAGUAGUCCAUCCGACCGGUCUUCCCAUGGAUCGUCGAGCUCGGGUGGCAGCCCCGGUCCUCAUGACGAGAUGGAUUUGCAACAGGACGUAGGAUCGUGGCUGGACCAUGGUAUCAACGUAACUGUAUCAUCGUUGGGAGUUUCCAACCCGCGAGGCGAAGCCGUCAAAAUUGUCUCGCAAACACUCCCAUAUCCCCGACCCUCCGACCAGUCAAUCUCCGGCCCGAGAAACGACAGCAUCUUCUAUUCCAUUGUCCGAGCUGUGCACAACCACCUGCAGCCAGGCCAUUCCCCAUACAUCAAUGUCACCCACGCGGUCCCCGAACAAUUCAGUCUCUCCAACCUCCCCCACUCCCCUCCUAGUACCCCUCGCUCCCCCACGGCAGCCGAUGAAUACUUCAAUGCGACCGUCUUCUCCAGUGCUGCCGUUGUAGGAGCCUAUCACGACUACCGUGGGCCGAUCCAACGGCAGAUCGCCCAUGCUCCGAUGCCCAUUGUUCCACCUUACAGUGUGCAUCUCUCCGUCCUUGAGCGGUACCUUCCUCCACCAUCAGCACAGGAGUACCGCGACGUUUUCUGCGCCACUCGUCCUUCUUUCCUUGUUGAUCGCCUCUGCGAGCUGUCUCCGGAUGGUGGUUCGCUUCUCUUCGUAUAUCCCACGAAGAAGGGUGCUUCGACUUUCAAGUCUCAGUACUUAGGCCCCCUUCUUGACCCGUUGCUCCGCCAGCUGGUUGUAGUGAACGGCCUGUCCGCUGAUGUGGGCCGUUACCUGGGCAAGCUCUCCACCGUCGCCAUGAUGGACGACUUUGCCACGAUGAAGGCCAACAUCGUUGCCCUCUGCGAGGAUCUGAGUUCUUCAUCCUCGCAGUUCCAGGUUGCGGAUGCCGGCAAGGCCAGUGUCCAUCUGGACCGUGAUCACUGGGUGGAAUGGUACAUCCACCAAGAGAAGGCCCGGAUGAAGGAGGUGCUCUCCCUGUAUUGCCAAAACGGCCGCCGACCACCGGUAAACAAGGCUCUGACCACCGGUGGCUCAGGCGGCCUUAUACCUGACAAGGAAGUGAGUUCUUCCAUGCUGCUGGGUGAGAUCUUCGACGGCAUUCGCAAGCGACACUAUGGCGAGGACAGUGAGCCUCGAGACGGCGUGGAGCUGGGUGUGUUCGUGAUCCGACGAACUCACUAA